GAUAAAGUUCUUUCGGUCCAGAAAGGACACUAAAACUCCUAAUGGGCCGGAAGGAUUUCUAUCAACCACAAACAACUUGACUUCUUUAACAAGAGCCGUUAGAUUAUUUGACCAUAUAGAAUUCAAUGGCUCUUAUUUAGAUGUGUAACCUAAAUGUGAACGUUUAAUGUGCGUGGUAAAAGGAAUACCAAAUUAGAAAGGAAAAGAAACACCACCGACGAACAACUCUAUAUAUACACAACCAGACCAGAAAAUCCAACUUUUCACAAUUCACUAGGCUACUAGCUCUCUCAAACUACUUGAAACAAACAUGGAGGGCAAACGAGCAGGCUUUGGAAGUGGAAAGAAGGCUGCGGGCAAUAUCGACAUACGAAGUUUGGACCAACAGUUGGCGAGGCAUCUCGACCGACUAUGCUCAAUGGAGAAGAAGGAGAAGACGAAAGAGUUGCUUGACGGCCAAGAAAGCAAAGUCAUCAGAGACGACAACACCAGAGUUGUUGCGGCCAUCAAGCCGGCAAAAGAGGAGGAGGAGUGGCAAAUCGUGCCGGAUAAACUCUUCGUGAAGCAAGUUUUCGCCCGUGGAACGUUUGGUUCCGUCCAUAGAGGCCUCUACGACGGCCAACAAGUCGCAGUCAAAUUUUUGGAGUGGGGAGAAGAAGGCCAAAACACAAAAGCUCAAAUAGCUUCUUUGCAAAACGAUUUUAGACGGGAGGUUUCUGUUUGGCAUAAACUUGAUCACCCCAACAUUACCAAGUUCAUUGGAGCCGCAACAAAAACAUCAAAACUAAAAUCCCACAGUAAGGUAGAGAUAAGCCCUAACUCCGCCUGCGUUAUCGCGGAGUAUCUUUCCGGCGGUACGCUAAAAUCUUACCUCAUAAAGCACCGGGAAAGGAAGCUACCUCUCAAGACUGUCAAACAAAUGGCACUUGAUCUUGCUAGAGGGUUGAGUUACUUGCACAGCAAGAAUAUUGUUCAUCGAGAUGUGAAAUCGGAAAACCUGCUUCUUGACAAGGACGGUAGGGUAAAGAUAGCGGAUUUCGGCGUUGCUCGUUUCCAGGCUUCGAAUUCAAGCGAGAUGACAGGCUACACCGGCACAGCUGGAUACAUGGCGCCUGAGGUCAUAGAAAAUAAACCAUAUGACGAAAAAUGUGACGUUUACAGCUUCGGAAUUUGCUUAUGGGAGAUGUAUCGCUGCGAUAUGCCAUAUCGUAACGUCGGAUUCUCAGAAUUGACUUCAGCAGUUGUGAAUGACAAUUUAAGACCAGAGAUACCGAAGGGUUGCCCUAGCUCCUUAGCUAAAGUGAUGAUCAGGUGCUGGGAUUCAAAACCGAACAGAAGGCCAGAAAUGGCAGAGGUUGUCUCGAUGCUAGAGGUAAUUGACUUUUCAGAAAAUAAAGGUUUGGGUUGCUUCUCCAUCUUCAGCUGCAAACAGUAAGGCAAAUCAAUGGGAAAAUAAAACGGAGCUCCUACAGACAAAGAACUACGAGAUCGCUCUUCAUUCUGGGGCAACGGAGGGAUCAUACCAUUCGAAAGGAAGAAGGCGAAAUUCUUUUUCCUUUCCAAACGAAUUGUCAAAUACACACAUUUGUAGUAAAAAUUUGUAUCACUUAUAUGCGAAAGGCUAAAAGUGGGUUUGAACUGACGUUGCUUAUGUUGGUGGAGCAAUUAGUGAAGCAUAAGUUGACAAACUCACCAAAAAUGGUCAGUAAUGUAAACGACUAUGAUGUACGCCUUGUCCUGGCAAACUGGUAUCCUCUCAGCUCUCGAAGAAACGGCAUCUUAACCAGUUUUCCAGGCUACACAAUGCUGAAGUCAAAAGAUCAUUUACACCA